CCGACCCGCGAACUACUCGCGCGCGACUAAACACUUUUUGUGACGUGAUCAUGCAAGUGCUAGCUUUAUUCGUCUUCGUGUGGCUCCUUAACGAAGUCCGGGGCGUUAUCAGAACACCCCUUGAAGCCUUUAGGCCCUCAGCCGAAAUCCACAUACGUCGACCGGACAAAUUGCCUCUUUUGCCUCAUAGAAGGACGAUGCAACAGAAAAGCGGACUCAAGAUUCUGUACCAAACAGGCGUAAGUAUUGUGUCAGAAGAAGAUUUGCCAGAUUGCCGAGCACGACAAGUCUGCAGUAAAGUCGACCUUUAUGAUUCAGCCCAGCCUUGGAUUGAACGAAAAUGUCGUUGCUUGGGACACAGGCCUUGUUCUAGUGAUCUGUCAUCGGAUGACAAUCAUACUCUCGCCGAUAAGACAACAUUAUACAAGACCUGUGAACCAGUGAGGCGAUUGCCAAAAUGCCGGUACUUCAAGGACGCGGCAUGGACCAUAUUCUCAUUGCCAGAUAGCAAUGCUACCCAACAGAUAGUUAAUUGCCACUGUCCAAAGUCUUCAGUCACAUAUCUACUAAAGAAACUGCCUUACACGACACCUAGCGGCGAACAAGGCAACCAGUAUCAAUUCGCGUGCUCGCCACAAAGCCGAUUGAGGUGUUCGCGAAAAGAACCAUGCCGGCUGUUCAGCGCCAGGCGUCGCCACAAACAGAUAGACGAAGUGAACGCGAGUACAAUCUGUCAAUGCCCACGAGACCACACAUGUCCCAAACACCAUACAGAACCAGGUGUGCUGCCAGGGGUCACCUACGUUGCUGAAGAUAUCCGCACUUACCACGGCUACUGCAUGCCAGAACCGCCUCCUGAUAGCUACAGGUUCGUAGGAGACAAAGACUGAGAACCUAGUCUAACGUUCAAAGCUUCUUACUUCGUUAAUACCUGUUCAGUACAAAAUUAUCGUAAGAAUACGAAAUCAAAUCGGUAAAGGUAGUUUUAAAAUAAGAACAUACACGGACCUGAAUCCAUAUAAAAUCACAGAUAUUAAUGCGAUAUAUAUCUGGCCAGUUAAGCAUUGAUUUGUCUACAUAGACAGCUAUGAUGACCUCAGUGUAAAUAUAUGUAAGUUAAAAUCGGUAUUACAUAGGAAUUGUUUCUGUUAUGUUUUGUAAAUAAUAUUUUUAAGUAUCAUUCCAAACGGUUAGAUUAAAUUAUUUUUAUAUUACUUGCCAUACUGUGGUCUAAGGCGUGCAUUUCAUGUUAACGACGAAAGCGCAAAGUAUUUCUUUUAUAUGUUUAUAGUAAAAAGUCGACAUAAAUACUCCUUAUUCUGUAAUAUCCAAUAGCGAAAUCAAUCCCAAUUAAAAAAAUGUUGUAAAGUCGUUAAUAAAAAAACGUGUGUGUACUGUACUGUGUACUUAUGUGCACAGGUUAGAAGUUAUACUUCUUUGGCGUAAAAAGAUAAAAAUCUUUUCAAAAAUUUUAUCUGUCACCUUUUAUUCUACGAUUGUAGAAAAACGACACUAACAAUAGAAAAAUCUAAAAUGUUGUCUGUAGCUAUCUUUAGAGUGUCGCAUUUUGACGGUUGCGCACGCAUCGUAAAAAUUGCCUCUCAUCUUUUUUUCCCUAACGCGCCUAAAGAAGUAUAACUUCAUACAAUUGUAUGUAUGUCCCCCAUAUUUAUUCACACAAUAUUGUGGAUAUUUUUAGAUAUACAACACCUACAGCUGUAUAUAAGAAAAUUACUAUAAAUAGCAGCAAUCGUCUUGCUUGUGGUACAAUUCUUUUUCGUAUAUAACUGGAAUACUGAGGAUUUUAUGAUUUAAUCGUUAUUAAAUGCAAAAUGUUCUAAAGAUAUAUUGUGUACUUUAAGACUGUUGCCUUGUUUCAAUGUCUUCCAUGGACAAAGUUUAUGUUUGCGAUAUUAUUGUUUUAGAUGAGCCUUAUUGUUAAAUGCUAACUAUUUUUACGAUUGUGUUGCCUUUUGUAUUGAAUAUAGCAAUCGUGUAUUUAUGUAAAUAUGAGAAAAUGUUAAUAUUUUGUAUUAUACCGAUAAGGUAUGUCUUCCUUGUUUUACGUAGGUUUAGUUAAAUUAUUGACACAAAGCGAUUAAAU